AUGUCUCAGCAGCAGCAUCAGCAACAACUACGGCAGCCCUUCGCAGCCCUAGCAACGGCCACCAUCUUGGUGCUGGCGAUGGCCGGAACCGGUCGCAGUCAAUCGGUCAUCUCAGAUUGCGACACAAGCAAAUGUCCCCCGUUGUCCAACAUUUCGGAGGCAUCGCUUGAACCAGGCCAGAGAGUUCGUCGAGAGCUGGAUCCGUGCUGUGAGGUGUUAAGACUUUACUGCGACCCCACUGCCUGUCCGCCAACGAUAGAGUUCUGCGAUGUCGAGCGCACGGUACGUCCCCGAGCCGUCCCUGGGCGUUGCUGUACACUGCAGCGUUGUGAUAACUUCUGUGAGACCUACACCAAUGGAGAGGUCAGGAUGAGGGACGUCGGAGAAAAAUGGUUCAACAUGGUCAACGCCAGUACCUGCGUGAACUACGAAUGUCUGCGGAAUGAAGCGAACGAGACUUUUAUCAACUCCAUCGGGAUCGAGUGUAAUACCACCUGUCCGGAGGGUUUCGAACCGCAACUCUCCGGCAAUCACUGUUGUCCGCAGUGUGUUCCAGCUCGGUGCAAGUUUGACGAGCGGUUCUAUCGAGCGGGAGAUUCGUGGGAGAGUCCCGACGGGUGUCUGGUGUAUCGGUGCAACAGGGAGGAUGGCUUCUUCGCGAUCAGCUCGAGUCGCAAACAGUGUCCUCCGGUUGAUAACUGUCCAACGCAAGACCUCGUAGAUAGUGGCUGUUGCAAGGUGUGCAAUCGUACCGACCCGAGAGCAGAGACCUCCCGAACCACACCCCUCGAAGAGGACGUGGAAGGAGUGGACUUCUUCGACGAGCAGAGCUACCGGGAUCAUCCAUGCCGACGGGAAUGUACGCUAGGUCGACGACCGGAAACGUGCUAUUAUCGAUUCCGGCUGGAAUGGUACCGGACGCUAAGCAAGGCGUGCUACAACUGCCCACAGAACCGGACCGACUGUGACCGUCCCCAUUGUAUCGCGGGUGAUGGCGUGCGGCGUAACGUGGCCGUCAUCAACCGUAUGAUGCCCGGUCCGGCGAUCGAGGUGUGCGAAAACGACAUCAUAGUGGUGGACGUGGAGAACCAUUUGAUGGGUGAAAGCACGACCAUCCACUGGCAUGGACUGCACCAGCGCCGGACGCCUUACAUGGACGGCGUGCCACACGUCUCCCAGUGUCCGAUCAGUCCCGGCACGACAUUCCGGUACACGUUCCGGGCGGACAACCCGGGCACGCACUUCUGGCACUCGCACACCGGUAUGCAGCGGGGCGAUGGAGCAUUCGGGGCGCUUAUUAUCCGCCGGGACAACGACAUCCAGCAGCUGUUGUACGAUGAGGAUCUAUCGGAGCACGUGAUCACCGUGCAGGAUUGGGGCCACGAGCAGGGCGUUUCGCUGUUCGCCGCCCAUCACCACUCGACCGGGGAUAAUAAGCCACCGAACUUGCUGAUUAAUGGCCGCGGGAAGUACUUCCAGCGGUUUGCGAAGCUUCCGAUCCCUCUGACGCCGUUGAGUACUUCUACGAGUCAGCCGGAGCUUGACGAAACUGGGGAGGAUCUUCCAACGACGGAACGGUUUAAUCAGGCGGAAGAGAACACCCAGAGAACCGAAGCACCCACGACGGAACCACAAGAUGUGCAGACUGAGGUAGACAUCGACACGACAACGGUACCAUCGAACCGCGGAGAAUCGGAUGACGUGGAGCUACUGCAGGCAAGUAGCAACAACGGUCUGAAGAUGGUGCUUCGGUCGCAGGACGUACGCCACCGUAUGAAACGACAGUCCCGCACGGUCAACUUCAACGCGGUCGUUGUACCGGAGUCACGGCACAUCCCACUGAAGGUGUUCCACGUGGACAAGGGGCGCCGCUAUCGGUUCCGGCUGAUCAACGCCGAAUUCCUGAACUGCCCCGUUGAGCUAUCGAUCGAGAACCACAACCUAACGGUGAUCGCUUCCGAUGGAUUUGGGAUCCAACCGGUGGACGAUUUAGGAUCGUUCGUGAGCUACGCCGGCGAGCGGUUCGAUUUCGUGGUGAAGGCAAACCAACCGGUUGGAAACUAUCUGAUGCGCUUCCGAGGGCUGAUGGAUUGCGAUGAGCGGUUCACCUCGGCGUACCAGUUCGCCGUGCUGCGCUACCGGGGAGCGCCCGAUGACGUGGAGUACGAGUCGUGGCCACCGUACGACUACGAGGCACCCGGUCGUCAGCUGAACUCGCUCAACCGGGGUCCGGGGGCGGAGGACGUGAUAACCAUCGCCGAGACGAACUCGCUCGACCAGGAAGAUCUAUUGCUACUGCGCAACGAGACGGACUACAAGUUCUACGUGUACUACGACUUCUAUGGCAAGGAUAACCCGCACUUCCACGUACCGAACCUGUACGGGUUUGGGCAGGUCAUCAACAACACCAACCGGUUGUAUACGCCCCAGCUGAACCACAUCUCGAUGCGAAUGCCACCGGUUCCGUUCCUACCCGGCAAGGAUCUGCUGGAUGAGAGUCAGUUCUGCAAUGAGACGACGGUGCGGGAUCGGAACUGCCGCAGCGAGUUCUGUGAGUGUAGCCACGUGAUACAGAUACCGCUGCACGCGACCGUGGAGAUGGUGAUGAUCGACGAGGGCUACACGUUCGAUGCGAACCAUCCGUUCCACCUGCACGGACAUGCGUUCCGUGUGGUGGGAAUGGAUCGGAUUAGCCGGAACACUACCGUCGAGGACAUACGCGCCAUGGACGAGGCGGGUCUGCUGAAGCGUAGGUUCAAACGAGCCCCUAUCAAAGACACGGUUACCAUUCCAGACGGUGGUUACACCAUCAUUCGCUUCAUCGCAAACAAUCCUGGUUACUGGUUGUUCCACUGCCACAUCGAGUUUCACGCCGAGAUCGGAAUGUCACUCGUGCUCAAGGUGGGCGACCGAUCGGAGAUGCUACCGACACCUGCCAACUUUCCGACCUGCUACGACUACAAACCCGAGCUUGGCCAGCUCGUAGAGCAACGGUACUUGAUACAGUCAUUGUUAUGUUUGGGAUUUUACUAAUAUUCUUGCAUGAGUUCGAUUGUUCUCGCAUUUCUAAAAGAUAUUUAA